CUCAGUCUUCCUCAAUGAGUACUCCCAAAAUGGCAGCCCUUACAAUUACGAAAAUCCUAUUAGCCAUCACUCUGGCCGGAAUUUUAGCCGGGCUGAUGAUGCCAGAAUCCAUAGUAAUGGUUAACGGUGUUGUGGUGGGUGAUAUAGUUACACAAGAUUUCUUCAAUGGGAUAAUCAAUCAAGCUGACUCAAGCUGUGCCGGCAAGAGCUUCUAUACUCGUGAUGCAUUCCUCGAAGCAACUAAUUCCUACACUAGCUUCGGCACCACCGGAACAACUGAUGACUCUAAACGUGAAAUUGCUGCCUUUUUCGCCCAUGUAACUCAUGAGACUGGACACUUUUGUUACAUAGAAGAGAUAGAUGGUGCUUCUAAGAAUUACUGCCAAGAAUCAACACAGUACCCGUGCACGUCCGGCAAGGGUUACUACGGUUGUGGACCGCUACAACUAUCGUGGAACUAUAAUUAUGGAGCUGCAGGAAACAGUAUAGGAUUUGAUGGACUGAAUUCACCUGAAACUGUGGCCAACGAUGUUGCGAUUUCGUUCAAGACAGGAUUGUGGUUCUGGAUGAACGGUUGUCACUCAAUCAUAACUUCUGGACAAGGGUUUGGAGCUACGAUUAAAUCCAUUAAUAGUAGGGAAUGCAAUGGUGGAGACACAGCAGCUGUGCAAGCUCGUGUUCAAUAUUAUCAGGACUAUUGUAACCAAUUUAGUGUUUCUCCUGGUGAUAACCUCACUUGUUAAGAUGGUAAAUCUUUUGUACUUUAGUUUAAUUUCCAAAGAGGAGAGGGAAAACAAUAAG